GCAGCGCGUACGACGCGAUGCGGAUGUGGUUCGUGCGACGAUCGAUCGCGCGGUAUCGCCUGCAAUUCUAACCUCUUCGCAGGCGCGCGGCGAAUUAUCGACCGAAAGUUUCGUUUGAUCGCUCUCGUACGUAGAGACAGCCUCUCGAUCGCGACGCGGCGAAUACGAGUUCGAACAGACGCAUUUUUUGGACGAUCGCUCGACCGUUGGCCAACUUCAUUCACCUCGAGUGAGUCGAUUCGCAGAGUCCCUGCGGCCGAUCGAGAUGACGCCGUCGCCUUACGUCUCGCGAAUAAAUCAGAUCGACGCCGCUCAGUUGGACGCGGAGAUCUACAAGGUGCUGAGGAAUCAGACCAGAGAGAUCGCUAGGCACGGCGGGCCCGGCGGGAUCGACAAAUGGCAAGCGGAAGUGGACGUCGUCCUGAAAUUUCUCAUCUGGAGGUUUUCGUUGCAACGAGGCUCCUCCACGUUCGGCCAGCGGCUUCUCAAUCUGCGCUACGUCAACAUCAGUCGGAGGAAAGCCGUGCUCUACUUGAUUCUAAGCGUCGUGCCUCAGUACCUGAGAGACAGAUUGGCCAACGAGAAUCUGUCCGAGCGUGGCGCGAUCGGCCGCGCGCUAAGGUCGCUCGUCGACUGGACGACGAGCGCGAUCAAUCUCCUGGAGCUCGUCAAUCUGCUCUUCUUCCUCCAUCGAGGCGUGCAGCCGCGCGUGAUAGAGUUUCUGCUCGGUCUCUCCAGUCAGUCGAUAACGACGCACCGACCCAGAAUCAUCGGUUACUCGUACAUGACGAGAGAACUGCUCUGGCACGGUCUGAUGGAGCUCUUCACGAUCGGCAUACCCAUGAUAAACUUCCACUAUCUGAAGCACGCGCUGAGGAGGCUGCUGCGACGCGCGGAUCCGUCGAGCGGACUGUUCCCGGUGAUGAACGCCGCGACCAAGUGCGCCUACUGCUCCGAGGACCCGAUUCUGCCGUCGCACGCCGGCUGCGAGCACUUGUUCUGCUACUACUGCCUGCAGGCGCACUUCACCGCGAUGAGGAUGUUCCAGUGUCCCGCUUGCGACGCGGAGCUCUGUGUCGAAAAUAUGAGAAGGUAUACGGUCGCGAGUGCACCUCGGAGCGACGACGAGGAGUCCGAUGAUAGCUUCGAGAAAGUGGACGAUGGAUAACGCGAACGUAUGUAUAUUUCUAGCUCUAUUAAAAAGUUAAAGACUGACUCGAUGCUCGAAGUGAUGUGGUUGUGACGAGUUACGAUGCCUGAAUUUUCAGUCUAUAUAAACUGAACACUAUCUUUACAAGUGAACAUGAUUUUAUUAUGUGUGUGAUAACGUGUGCAAUUCCGCAAUUCAAUGCAACGUGAUCGAAGUGACCAAAUGAAAAAAUAGUAGAUUUGUCGCAAAACGCGGCGAGUAAAAUAAAAACGCUAUAAAAAAAGUAUAAAAACAAUUUUUAAUAUAUUCUUUAAUUAUAUCGGAGUUAAUUAAAUCCCCUAGAAACAAAUAAUUUUAUUUAUUAUACUGGAAUUAAUUAAAUCUCCCAAAAACAAACUAUAAAUGGAAAAAUUCGCUUCCGAUCGCCGCAAUCAAUCUGUCGUAUUAAGACAUAACGAAGGGUUGUAUUGCGUGUGAUAUUAUUUUGUUUUUAUUAAAAAUAGCAAUAUACAAAAUGUUAUUUAUUUUUCAUUUCAAUACAACAAAUCCCGAUUUCGGGUGAUAUUCUCGUUUUUCUUUUUUUCCGAAACAAACAAUAGUAGAUCAAUAUACUCUCUUGGCUCUUAUAUCAAAAUUAGAUUAGAUUAUAUCAUAUAAAAAUAUUAUGCUGCGCUGUAUAUUAUAAAACGCUUCAUCUGCCGCCGCGCAGGUCGAUGGACCGAUUUUACAUGCAAUAAUGACACAUUCAUCGAUUUAAUUUAUCAUUCAGUUGCUGCACCUGCGCUCGACGGGCGGGCACGUCCCCGGAUUUAUUACACGAAAAACAUUAUACACUAGACUCUAGAGCACAAAAAGAAAAAAAACGUGAAACACAUACACAUAAAUUAACGUUUUCCAUCUAUCUUUCCUAUGACAUGCAAAGAAGAAUGUUGCGAAAAGGUCUGUCUUCGUUCGGAAAAAGUAAGGCAUCAUUUCUCUUACAGUUUCUGAGAUAAGAAAUAUCUGUGAUUACAUGACAUAAUUUUAACUAGCACCAUUUCGGAUUUCUCGCCUUAAAAACUAUAAGAAAUGACGCUUUUCCCGAGCACAGCAAAAAAAACAAAUUUUUUCGUAACUCCCUUCAUUCAUUUGAAUCCGAAAUCUCAUCUUUCCUUGGAAUGUAUGAUUUAUAGUACAAUUGUAUAGCGCAGUUUCUUUCAUCGUUUUGUGAGAAAUCCCUUCUCAAAAGGACCGGGCCGUUAUCAACUUCCUGAGGUAUCCGCGUUUACAUUUGCGCUCCGCUCUAACAUUAAAUCUUAUUAAUCGCGAACGAAAACGGAGUUCGCCCGAAAAAUAAUAAGACGCAUGGGAAGAACGACGCAUUUAAAUUAAACGCAAUUCUUUUUUUUUUUUGGUUCUCUUCUUUUCUACAUUUCAUUUGCAUUUCGCCUUAUUCGAAUAUAAAUACAUAGCCAAAUAUAUGGCCGUUAUUAUAAUUGUGUAUGUAUCGCGCACUACAUCCUUCUUCAAAUAAAUUCAAAUUUCGAACUUAGAAAGUUUGUACAUUGUUUCCUUUCGAGGGCGAACUCCUAUUUUCCGCAUUCUUUACUUUAGCGACGAUCCUAAAGUAUCCUAAGAGCGUCCCUUCUCUACCGAGGAGUUUACGAUUUUACGGUCGGUCUCGCUAAGAAAGACACAAUUUCCUGAUAUUUCGAGUGCGAAAGAGAGAACACAAUAGUGCGAGGCAUUUAUACUUAUCGAUACGUGAAAAUGGUUUGCGCAUAACGCCAUAAAGCUGCUGAAUUAAAGCGACGCCACGUCUCGGACGGGAUCGGUAUAUUUCCCGAAUCGCUAGCGUUUCACAAUUUUUCGAGCGUGUCGUUCACAGACAAAAUAAGGUAUGCACUAUGUAAAAUUAAAAGAUUUGAUGCCUAUUCUCUUAUCUUUUUAAAGACUCGAGUAAAUUAAUAAAGUUGAGGAAAUUCGGUAUUACAAUUAGUUGGAGUAAAAUUAAAUUAAAUUCCAAACGAAUUGAAUUAAUUGACUUAAUUCCAAUCAUUUGAGAUAUACAUUGGAAUUAAAUCAGGUUUAAGUUAGUGAACAUUGAAUUAAUUAGAAGUUCCCACAACUUUGAGGUUAAUUUUCUGAAACUUUAAAAGAUGAAUUAGAUCGCUAAACUCUCUCUGAUCGAAGAAUAUCUUCGAAUUUUAUAAGUAAUCGCAAAUCUACAUUAAGACGAAGAAAAAUCGUUGCGCAACGAUACGGCCUGUGGACUUUAAAUCUUCCCGAGAUUCUCAGAGGUCUUUACUUUUUUUUUUUUCAAAUUUAUAUAUCAUUUUUCAUGGAAAAACCAAGAAAGUCACUGAAGAUAUUGAAGGCUAAAUGGAUCAACUCAUAAUUUGCAUGAGAUUAUCAAAUAGAGUUUAUUUGAAGUCAAUCCUACAAAUUAUAAGCUUAAUCCAUUUGAAUUCUGAACGAUUCGUACAAAUCGUAUUAAACUAUCUAAAACUGAAUGAGUUAGGUAGGAAAGAACGAGUCCACAGUUGCUAUAAUGAAACAAUAUUAAUGGUUCGUAAUAUUUUCUCUGUCCCGUUUUUUGGCGCAAAGAUACAGUGAGAAUGUAUGCUUGCGAUACGCAAUUUCGAAGAUUUACAACGCAUUCCCGUAAACGCAACGGAAUCCAAG